AACUUCCGGUCCGCUGUGAGCCCAUUCAGCGAAGAUGGCGAGCGGAGGAGGAGCCGUGGCUUCGCUGUGGACUGAAGUCAACCGCUGUGGGCAGAAUGGAGACUUUACAAGAGCCCUGAAAGCUCUGACUAAAAUUCUGCAUGAAAACAGGGAUGAUGUGACGGCCCUUCACUGUAAAAUAGUUUGCCUUAUUCAGAACAGCAGCUUCAAAGAGGCGCUGAAUGUCAUGAACACCCAUUCAAAAGUGCUUAGCAGUGAUGUUGUGUUUGAGAAGGCAUACUGUGAGUACAGGCUGAACAGAGUAGAAAGUGCCCUGAAGACCAUUGAAAGUGCACCUGAACAAACGGACAAACUGAAGGAGCUCUACGGUCAAGUGUUGUACAGACUGGAGCGCUACGACGAGUGCAAGUCCGUCUACACGGAUCUGAUCAGGAACUCUCAGGAUGAGUACGAGGAGGAGAGGAAGACGAACCUCGCUGCUGUGGUGGCUUCUAUGAGUCAGUGGGAGGAAGCUCCAGUGGAAGACUUGGGUCUCCCAGAGUCGACGUAUGAGCUUUGCUACAACGCUGCCUGCUCUCUGAUUGGACAAGGACAGCUUACAGAGGCUUUCAAUAAACUACAGCAAGCAGAGGAGCUGUGCAGAGUCUCUUUGGCAGACGAUUCGGAUGUGACUGAAGAGGACAUCGAGUCCGAGCUGGCCGUCAUCCACUCUCAGAUGGCGUAUGUCAUGCAGCUUCAAGGUCGGACAGACGAGGCGCUGCAGCUCUACAACCAGGUCAUCAAGCUCAAGCCGUCAGACGUGGGGCUGCUUGCUGUGACUGCCAACAAUAUCAUAACAAUAAACAAGGACCAAAACGUGUUCGACUCAAAGAAGAAGGUAAAACUGACGAACGCUGAGGGUGUCGAGUACAAGCGCAAGAAGCAGCUGCAGGCCAUCGACCUCAACAAAGCCCUGCUGGCAAUGUACACCAACCAGGCCGACCAGUGCAGAAAGCUGUCAUCAAGUCUUCAGUCUCAGAAUCCGGGUCAACCAAGACCGGUUCUCAUCCAGGUCGCUCAGCUGUGCAGAGAAAAGCAGCACAGCAAGGCUAUCGAGCUCCUACAGCAAUUCUCAGACCAACAUCCAGAGAGUGCGUCCGGCAUCAAACUGACUAUGGCACAACUUUAUUUAGUACAAGGUCAUGUAACAAAAGCGUGCGAUGUCUUAAGGUCAAUCGAGGAGUUCAAGCACAAAUCAGGGAUGGUUUCCGCUCUGGUAACUAUGUACGCCCAUGAAGAAGACAUCGACAGCGCUAUUGACGUUUUCAAACAAGCUAUUGAACACUACCAGUCUGAACAGCCCGGAUCUUCUGCACACUUGGCCCUUGUACGAGAAGCUGCCAAUUUCAAACUGAAGUACGGACGGAAAAAAGAAGCCAUCAGUGAUCUGGAGCAGCUGUGGAAGCAAAACACCAACGACGUUCACACACUCGCACAACUCAUCUCUGCAUAUUCUCUGGUGGACACAGAUAAGCUCUCCAGCCUCAGCAAACACCUUCCCUCUGCGGACACGAUGGCUCUCAACGUGGACGUUGACGAGCUGGAGAACUCACACGGAGCGACAUACGUCAGAAAAAAAGCUGCUAAAGUCAUCAAACCAGAAAACCUUCCCAAAGAAUCAGGCCAAGGCGAGAUCAAAAAGAAGAAGAAGAAAAAGAAAGGCAAACUACCCAAGAACUGCGACCCAAAGCACCCUGACCUGGAGAGGUGGCUGCCCAUGAGGGAUCGUUCCUACUACAGAGGCAAGAAGAAGGGAAAGAAGAAGGAGCAGAUCGGAAAAGGCACACAGGAGCGACGGCAGGAGCUUCAGUCCGAGCUGGAUGCCAGUAAGACAGCCAGUAGCCCCCCUACCUCCCCGAGACCCGGCUCUGCAUCCGGCUCAUCCGCUGCCCCCGCCAGCAACGUGGUCCCCCCUCGACAGCAGAAACCUGCGUCCUCGGGGGCCACACGCAAGAAGGCACCAGCGAAGAAGAAGAAGGGUGGAAAGGGAGGCUGGUAGAUGAAGUUACACGAGAAGAAGAAGAAGGAGAAGAAGAGGGGCCACGGGAUCCACUGAUGUCUGUGUGGAUGAGACAACAAGCAAUCAUAAGCUUUUCUCUUUUUCACGUUUCAAGUUUUCACUUUCUGUUUUUAUCCGGGCCGUUCAUUUAAACAUGUGAAACCAAAAGCUCCCCUUAGCCCUCCUUUGUUCUUUUAUUUGUGCUGUUUGUUAGAGGACAGAUGAAAGAGCGUUUAAAGGAAAGUUCCACUGAACUUCACUUUUUGUUGGUCUGCAAAAGGAGACGGUUUGAAUCAGUGUUGAAAUGAUGACCUUUUGUGAAGUCACCAUGAAAUGAAUCAGAACAAACCUCAGAUAUCGCCACAGUCUAUUUUUCUUCAGAAAAGUCUGUGUGGUAGAUGAAAGCUUCAUUUCUGUUGUAUCACCUGGCGUUCCUGGGUGUCAUGAAUUAUCAUCGUAUACAAAGUGUUUUGUACAUUUGCAUACAUUGUCUUCAGAAACAUCUGUACAUCUCCACAAUAAAACAUGAUAACUUUGUUUUUGGGUUGAUCAAACUUCAAUUCAGUGACGUCACGAUUCGAUCCUUCAAAACUUCAAAUUUUCACAAAUGUUUUGUUUGAUUCAAACAUUAAUAAAUGUGAUCUCUUGUCAUCUCAUACGUUCUUAUAUUAUAAAAAAUAGUCAUAAGGUUAAGGCAUGGUUGGAGAACAAAUUGCCUUUGCAGGGUAACAUGAAGUUAAGUUUUGGGUCCUUUAACGUGUCUUUGGUCUGAGUAUCAUGUCAUCAUUUUUGGAUCAUGUUUCCUCAAAUUGUCUCUUUGAAUCAGCCGAAACAUGCAAUGUUGAAGAGCUAUUUAUUUUUAAAUCCCUGUGUUGGUCGAAAUUCAAGCAAAAUCAUUUCAUUUCUUUAAAUUUGUGGGAUGCAUGUGUCAGGAGUUAGAGAAGAGACCGAUCAGGUGUCCCGUUUUGUUAAGUCUUAAUAAAACUCUCAACAGCA